UUGACUCGGUCUGGCAGUCUCGAGCUUGGAGGCGGAGGCGCGCAGGGCAGCCUGGGUCCAGCCCACACCCCUCACCAGGAGGCACCAUGUGGGGAUGUUGUUGGCUGGGGCUGCUCUUGCUGCUGCUGGCUGGCCAGGCUGCCCUGGAGGCCCGGCGGAGUCGUUGGCGCAGGGAGCUGGCGCCAGGGCUGCACCUGCGGGGCAUCCGGGACGCCGGUGGCAGAUACUGCCAAGAGCAGGACAUGUGCUGUCGCGGCCGUGCUGAUGAGUGUGCCCUGCCCUACCUGGGAGCCACCUGUUACUGUGACCUCUUCUGCAACCGCACCGUCUCUGACUGCUGCCCUGACUUCUGGGACUUCUGCCUCGGGAUUCCACCCCCCUUCCCUCCCGUCCAAGGGUGCAUGCAUGGGGGCCGGAUCUACCCAGUCUUUGGAACCUAUUGGGACAACUGCAAUCGAUGCACCUGCCAUGAGGGAGGGCACUGGGAGUGCGACCAGGAGCCGUGUCUAGUGGACCCAGACAUGAUUAAAGCCAUCAACCGGGGCAACUACGGGUGGCAGGCUGGGAACCACAGUGCCUUCUGGGGCAUGACCCUGGAUGAGGGCAUUCGCUACCGCCUGGGCACAAUCCGCCCAUCCUCCACUGUCAUGAAUAUGAAUGAGAUUUAUACGGUGCUGGGCCAAGGGGAAGUACUACCCACUGCCUUUGAAGCUUCAGAGAAGUGGCCCAACCUGAUCCACGAGCCAUUGGACCAGGGCAAUUGUGCAGGUUCCUGGGCUUUCUCCACAGCAGCUGUCGCAUCUGAUCGCGUCUCUAUCCAUUCUUUGGGACACAUGACACCCAUCCUAUCACCGCAGAACCUGCUGUCCUGUGAUACCCACCACCAGCAGGGCUGCCGAGGUGGGCGUCUUGAUGGCGCUUGGUGGUUCCUGCGGCGCCGCGGGGUGGUGUCUGACAACUGUUACCCAUUCUCCGGCCGUGAGCAGAACGAGGCCAGCCCCACUCCUCGUUGUAUGAUGCACAGCCGCGCCAUGGGGCGGGGCAAGCGCCAAGCCACUUCCCGCUGCCCCAAUGGUCAGGUUGAUUCCAACGACAUCUACCAGGUCACGCCUGCCUACCGCCUGGGCUCUGAUGAGAAGGAGAUCAUGAAGGAGCUAAUGGAAAACGGCCCUGUUCAAGCACUCAUGGAAGUACACGAGGACUUCUUCUUGUACCAGCGUGGCAUCUACAGCCACACACCUGUAAGCCAGGGGAGGCCGGAGCAGUACCGCAGACAUGGGACUCACUCAGUCAAGAUCACUGGGUGGGGAGAAGAGAUGCUGCCAGACGGAAGGACCAUCAAGUACUGGACUGCUGCCAACUCGUGGGGCCCAUGGUGGGGUGAGAGGGGCCACUUCCGGAUCGUGCGUGGCACCAACGAGUGCGACAUCGAGACCUUCGUGCUGGGCGUCUGGGGUCGCGUGGGAAUGGAGGACAUGGGGCACCACUGAGUCUCAGCCACUAGGCUGGGUGGGAUCCACAGCCACAGAAGAGGCCUUGGAAGCCAUGCCCCAUGAAGUCUUGGGUGCACUCCGGGACCAGGUGCUAAUCCCUACAGACUCAGAUCCGCGCGUGCGCGCUAAGGCAGAAUCCCACCUAGGAGCCAAAGAUGCACCAGGCUGGCGGAAGCCCCCAGAUAUCACAGCCGGAACUGGGAAGGGCCCGGUUUGGAAACUGCAGGGAGUAUAGACAGAUCCCAGGCCCCUGGUCCCAGCCCAAGACCACGGGAGCUAAGACAACCCAACCUCAUUACCCUCCUACCCACCCUCUUUCUCAUCUUCUUCUUUUUGAUGGAUUCUGCCCAUCUCCCUAGCCUCCAUUUUGGUCGUACCUUUCCAUCCUCAGUACUGCUUUCAUAUUCUUUAAAGAUAUUUAUUUUUCUUUUCAUUAAAAUAAAACCAAAGUAUUGAU